AUGUUGAAGAUGGAUGUGAAGGCAGUAGAAAUAGACAUCUCAAGAGGGUCUUCUACGGAUAGCCUUGAGGGUGAUGGGAAGUAUUACGCUAGUGGUAGUGCAAAGAUUACAUUAACUAGAUCUUAUCCUCUUGGUCUUCUUGGUUAUGAAUCUGCAACCCAUACUCCACAGGGAGAAAAGAUUGGAACUAUUAAACAUAAAGGAAAACCUCAGACAGGAUUUAAUGACAGCCUUAAAAGUGGUUCCUGUAGCUAUAUUACUGUAUAUUUCUCUAAGUUGGACCGGGAUUAUGAAAAGCCUCUUCUCAUAACAUUUGAUGGAAAGGAAUAUUACUAUUAUGCUAGUGAUGAUUAUUGGACAAAAGACGAUAAUUCUGGUCAGAUAAGUCUCCUAAAAGCCCUUGAUAAACAAAACUGUGUAAGAAGAAACGCUCAUGUAGUAAAUAUUUGUAAUAGUGAUCCACCCAGUUAUCGGUGUCCCUCAUGUGCUGAUAUGAAUAUAGGUGUCCAAUCUGUAGAUGAGAAGAACGAUUAUAAAAGAGUCACUCAUAGUAUCUCUGGAACUGACAAGAUUGAUAGUAUUAGAAACGGUAGCAGUACAAUAAUUCCAUCCCUGGGUCUUGAAAGUGUCACCGUUUACUGGUACCCUCUGAUAGAUGGUAGCCCAUUACUCAUCUGUUUAGGUGGAGGUUGGAUCAAGAGAACCUCAAAAACUAGUAAUGGCUGGGAACAAGUAAAGAAAAAUCCUCUAUCCAAUGAGAACGAUUCCCCUAACAUUCUUCCACUUCUUCAGAAAAUCGAGGAAGAGACUGAUGAAUUAUCCAUAGGAACAAAAGCAGGAAUAUCCAUUGCAAGUAUAUGUACAGGUGGAGCUGCCAUUGGUGUUGGAGUUUGGAGGGGUCCCUCUCUACUCUCAGCACUAAAGGCUGCAUUAUAA